UAGAAACACAGCUUCAUCACCAUAUACCCCCAGGCCACAGCCCUUUCAAAUUACCUCACCCUUUUUGUCCGAUAUAUAACUCGUUUUCUUCUUCAAUGUCACACGUUUCGCCCCCUCUCCAAAUCGCAGUGUACAUCGCGGCACAUGGAUUUGGGCACUUCACCCGCACACUCAACCUCCUUUCCCUUUUAUCAGAUGGUGGGAAGUACAACUUUUACAUUCGCACCUCGUCGUCACUACGUACGGAACCCCUAGCAUACGCCCUACACCCUAGCGUCGUCCAGACAAAUCCCUACCAGCUAGACGCGGAUCAGUCACUUGACUCUCUCGCCAACUUCGACCUCUCUCUCCCACUAGCAGAAGAGACCAAGUUCCUAAAAGAGCACAACAUCCAAGCCAUCAUCGCAGACGCCCACUCCCUACCAUGUCUGCUUGCACACGCCGUCGGAAUCCACUCAAUCCUCAUCACCAACUUCACAUUCGACAGCAUAUUCCAAGCUCUCCUCGAUAGUGCGCCAACAUGCACCAACAGGGCGGUGCUGCAGCUGAAGAUCGACGAGAUGACGCAGCAAUACGCACUAGCGCAUUCCAUUAUUCGAUUACCAGGACACAUCCCCUUCCCCUUCUCCGGCUCGCAAAUCAUAGACGCACCAAUGCAUUCCAGGAAAGCGCUGCAGACUCGGAGCGAGACGUUGGCUGGGCUGGGAUUGCAGUGUCUCGAUGGUAAGAAGAUCUUGCUGAACUGUUUCGGUGGGCAUAAUUCAGAUUCACUUACUGGGGUCCCGAAGUUGCCAGAGGGGUGGGCGUGCAUCAGCCAGACGAUACAUUGCCCGCCGCUCUUCUAUGAGAUAUCGCAUGACGUGUAUAUGCCAGAUCUCAUUGGGGCGUGUGAUGUUGUGCUUGGAAAACUUGGGUGGGGGACGUGUAGUGAGGUGAUUGGGAAUGGAUAUAAGCCAUUUAUUUAUGUCCCGCGGAGUGCCUUUAUUGAGGAGGCUGGCUUGCUGAGGUGGAUGGACAGCGCGCAUGGAAGGAUUGUUCGCCUGGAAGUGGAUGAUUAUGAGAGCAUGGAUUGGCGGGGGGCAAUUGGAGAGGCGGAGAAGGUGGCCAUAUCAGGCUCUGUGCCCGUGAAGGAUUGGGCAACGAAUGAUGCAGAGGUGGUCCAGACUUUUGUAGACGCAUUAGAGGGUGCAUUGAAUUGAAUAUUGAUGAUAUUGUAUGUGAACACCACACUUCCCAAGUAAAUUAUUCCAGC